UCAGCUCGGCCACAGCUCCCUCCCUCAGUCUGCCACAGACUCCGCACAGGCCACACACUCCUCACACAGGAAGGACCUGACCUUGGGACAAAAUGACCGAGCGCUACGACUGCCAUUACUGCAAGGAGUCCCUGUUUGGGAAGAAGUAUGUCCUGAGAGAGGAGAACCCCUACUGUGUGAAAUGUUACGAGAGCCUGUACUCCAACACCUGCGAGGAGUGCAAGAAGCCCAUCGGCUGCAACACCAGGGAUCUGUCCUACAAGGACCGCCACUGGCACGAGGACUGUUUUAAGUGCUUCCAGUGCAAGCGCUCGCUGGUGGACAAGCCCUUCUCCACCAAGGACGAGCAGCUCCUCUGCACCGAGUGCUACUCCAACGAGUAUUCCUCCAAGUGCCAUGAUUGCAAGAAAACCAUCAUGCCAGGCUCCAGGAAAAUGGAGCACAAGGGCAACAGCUGGCAUGAGACUUGCUUCACCUGCCAGAGAUGCCAGCAGCCCAUUGGCACCAAGAGCUUCAUCCCGAAGGACACCCACAACUACUGCGUGCCCUGCUACGAGAAGCAGUUUGCCAUGCAGUGUGUGCACUGCAAGAAGCCGAUCACCACCGGUGGAGUGACUUACCGCGACCAGCCUUGGCACAAGGACUGCUUCCUGUGCACCAGCUGCAAGCAGCAGCUGGCCGGCCAGAGGUUCACCUCGAGAGACGACUUCGCUUACUGUCUCAACUGCUUCUGCAACCUGUACGCCAAGAAGUGUGCCUCCUGCACCACACCCAUCAGCGGUCUGGGAGGCAGCAAGUACAUUUCCUUUGAGGAGCGCCAGUGGCACAACGACUGCUUCAACUGUAAGAAGUGCUCCGUGUCUCUGGUCGGACGCGGCUUCCUCACCGAGCGCGAUGACAUCCUGUGCCCCGAGUGCGGCAAGGACAUCUGAUUCAAACGCGGAGAGAGAAGACGAACGCGUACACCCCGAUCGGACGCGGGACGAACAUGCAAUAAAUACUAUCCAAGCACAGAGUUAUAGCGCUGUAGCGUUACUACAGUACGAAUGUGAAUUGUUUUACGACACUGAAUUAAAAAUGACAAGCGGUGUUAUUUGAAUUUAGGUUUAUUGACGUUAAACUUUCACACUUUUGAGAAAAAAAAAACAGCAACACUGCACCCUGAAUGUCGCGUUUUGUUUUUGUGAAAUUUGCCAGAAUUACUGCUUUGUGCAUGAAUUAGCUUGACGCUGUAGUAAGUAUGAGGUGUGUGAGCGAGUUCUACUAUAACCAGAGAAAUAUUAGAGCUGCAUCUUUACUCGUAGAAAUGCUAAUCGUAGCUGUGCGUAAAGAAAGAAAUGUCAGGAUUGAUUGUGUAUGAUUACAGAAAGACAGAAAGAAAAGAAGAAAAAGAAAAAACAUGAGGUCAAAUAUGUAUCUGUUUGCAACUUUGUAGCAGAAAUUAAUUAUACAUUUAAUUUAAACAAAAAAAAAACAUUACGGAUUGCUGGAUCUGAGAUUAAAGGAAUUUAGAUUCAUUUAUUAUCACAAUGGUCACGCCGUGGUUAAUUUAAGGGAAGUGCAUAAUCACAAAUGAAUUUGUGCUUCAAUUAAAUGAAAAGAAAAAAAGCGAUUCAUUGUACUCAAUGGUUUAUUUAAAAGAAAACACUGUUAGUACAAAUACGACACGGGAUUCGACAGUUCAAAAACAUUGUGACAGUGUUUUUGUGAUGAACUUUGUUUGUCAACAGUUUUCAUCCUCAAUUCCAAAUAAAUUUAUUUCACAAAGAUAA